AGAGAGAGAGAGAGAGAGAGAGAGAGAGAGAGAGAGAGAGAGAGAGAGAGAGAGAGAGAGAGAGAGAGAGAGAGGCGUCGUGCGGUCCUCCAAGGACCGUAGUUUUUUAUAACUGUGAUCAUCGCAAUUUUUGUUGCUUGCGCUGCUCCCGAACAUCAUGAUGGUUGUCGACGACGACGUUAGUGAGCACCGCCAUCUCUGUUUCGAAGUUUGCUCUGUCUCUGUUUCGAAGUUUGCUCUGCGCUCAAUGCCUUCUUAAUAUGAUCGUCCUCUUCUUGUCGCAGUCUCUCUCACUCAGUCGUACUCUCCUUCCUCUGUCCUCCUUUUUCUCUUUCAUAGCUGAUGCCUACCAGCUCCACAGUGUUGUGGUCACCUCAUAUUGAUAAAAGUGAAGAGAGAACAACUUGAACUGAUGAUAGAGCGCCAAAUACAGCUAUAGUGACCUGGCGUUUGAUCGGGUGAAGACGGUAAGCUCUUCGUGUCAGAGACACUCUCACUCAUCGUUACUCCGACUUUUCUUUUUUUUGUCCACAGCUGAGAUUUGAGAGGCCCGUGGUUUAUACCUGAGCUGCUUUCCAUCGAAACCGUAUGCUAAGGGUUCGAAUCGCUGUGUCGCUCUUUGUGUCGGAGACGAUGCCAGCAGUGACGGCAGCAGUGCUUGCGGAAGAAGUGCGAGAGCUUGCAAUGGCGGUGGGACUGCUGCUGAUACUAGCAAGGGCAGGAUAUGUCAUGAAGAGCAAGAAGUUAAUAAGGAACCUCUUCUGGAAAACACUUUCUCUGUCCCCUACUCGCGACUUAGCAUCUACAGGCAGUGGCACUUCGGAGGCAGUAGUAGGGCCCACUCGUGGUGGUACUUCCACCAACCCCUACACGAAGGAGGAGGAGGAGAAGAUGACCACCAUUCUGCAGGAGAAGAAGGAGGCCAAGAAGAAGGCCUUGAAGGAGGAGCAGGCGGCCAAACUGAAGAAGAUAGAGGAAGAGAUGGCCAAAGAGAAGGAGAGGAUACAGAAAGAGGUGGAAGAGGAGGAAGAAGAUGAAACGCCAUUGCAGAGGAAGAGGGUGCAGUAUAGUGGUAGUAGGGAUGAAGAGAUGGAGAAGCGAAUCUCCGAGUGGGUCGCCAACUUAUCCCUGGGCGAAGAAGAAGAAGUGGCGAUGUAUAUCUCUAAAGAUGAUCAGGAAGCCGCUAURAGAGCUUGGGAAGCAGAAAGGGAUGUUGUGAAGCAGCAGGCAUUGGAAGACGAAAAGAGGAUGGAGUGGAAGUUGGCAGUGAUGAGGGAGAAGAAGAGGAGAGUGGACGCGGCAGCRGAGGCGGCAGAAGAAUUAGAGGAAGUAAAGAAUAUAGAAGAGCAACUGGCCGCCCAGACCGAACUCCCAGCGCAAAUGCGAGUCAUAGCCCGAAACGUUGCACGCCUGACACGAAUGCAAGCGGAGCAAUAUGAUUUUAGUAGGAGUCAACAAAUAGCUGUACGCUCCAUAAAGUUGGGGUUUCGGGACUUUGCGCGUGAGCUGGUAGGCGCUAUAGGGACCGAGGUGGGUCACCGCCUCGACAAGACUGAGCGGUACUGUGCCGGCGCCAUUGAGGGCGUCAAAGAGGCAGCUCCCAAGGAGGAGGAGGCACGUCCUCCUCGUUGGAAACCGGUCAAAGUCAAAUUCCCUGAUUCCUACAGUGGAAAAAGGGAAGAGAACUUCGACAAUUGGGAGGCUAAUGUCAAGACCUAUGUGCAUCUGCAACAGGUCUCCCCGGAUCAGCAGGUUCUGAUUGCAAUUCACGCGCUCAGAGAUGAAGCCUCCAGCUUUGCAAGGUCCCUAGUUCGCGCUGCCAAUUGCAGCGAUGACCCUGUUGCGUACUCCUCGUUCACUUCCCUCACUGAGUUCUUGAAGCUGUUGCACGAGAGGUUCGCCGAUGUCGCCCGUAGCGUUAAGGCCUCAGAUAGACUGCAGACGAUCCAUGCUCGUAAGUGGAAGAGCGCCAGAGCACUUAAGAGUACCAUGGAUGAACUGGUAGCUGUCCCUGACCACGGAGUUACAGACACCCAGUUGGUUGGCCUCUUUUAUCGGGCUAUACCCGAAGCCCUCCGAGGGCAUUUCUUCGCAAAGAGCGAAGACCCUGCCACUACAUACGAUUCCCAUAGUCGCGAAGUAGUGACUUUUGAAGCCAAGUCUGCGUCUGUGUCCACUUUCUGGCACAAGGACUUGGACAAGGAUGCUAGCCAGUAUGACAUAGGCACAGUAUUACAGCAAGACGAUGGCAAUGGCUAUAGACCCGUAGAGUUCAUGUCCGCCAGAAUGCCUUCAGAGAAGGUCGCGACAUCUACCUAUGAGAGGGAACUCUACGCUCUCAGGCAAGCAUUAGACCACUGGAAAUACUACUUGCUUGGGAGACACUUCAAAGUCUAUUCUGACCAUGAAACAUUACGAUGGUUAAAGACGCAGGCCAAGAUGACACCUAAGCUUACUAGGUGGGCCGCAGAGAUAGAUCAAUACGACUUCGAGCUCAAGCCUGUUAAAGGGAAGUACAAUGUAGUCGCGGAUGCUCUGAGUAGGAGAGCAGAUUACUUUGGGGCAAUAGUACAUUACCUCGAUAUAGGAAAGGAUCUGCAGCAGAAGGUUAGAGAAGCCUACGCGCAGGACCCUAUCUAUAGUGAGCUCCUCACGCGAGUCAAGUAGGCCCCAGAGACCGAGCCGAACUACCGCACUACUGAAGGGCUACUCUUCGAGAAGACUAAUGUAUUUGACCGCCUGUGCAUUCCCAAUAGCGAAGACAUUCGUAGUUUGAUUUUGGGGGAAUGCCACGACACAGAAGGUCAUUUCGGUUGGCAAAAGACCUUAGCCAAUCUGAUGCGCGUGUAUACCUGGCCGGGAAUGAAGAAUGAUUGCGUAG